AUGAGCGACAUAAGCCGCGAGGAGGGCCGGCAGUCCAAUUACUCUCACGGUGUUUGGAAAGGCAGUCAGGGUCCUUCGGGACCUACCGCGACCCCGAAGCUGAAGCCAGAGGACCUGGCGUGGGAUCCGGCGUGGAUCCCUGAUCACCCCGGCCGGGGCUUCAAUCGCAUUCCGGAGAGGAACUUGGCGAGACACCAUGGGGGAUGGGGUGACUCUGAGGAGAAGAGGUUGAAGACCGAAGAGGCUCCCUCUCAAGAACGACAAGAACGAGCGCCAGAAGAUUCCGAAGUUGAUAAGAACGAUGCGGCAAAGCCCUCGAUAGACUUUCCACAUCCGACCAUGUCCAUACCGCCGCCUUCUGUUGAAUUUGGUUUCCGCGUAGCCGUACAGUUAGCCAAUGUUAGCGUUCACACUGCAGUCCCAGAUAAUGCGAAGGAGGUAGAGCUAUUCAGAGUCUCCAGUGGCUCAUGGUCGGGGUCCUUUGGAUCAGGAUUCGUUGUGGCGGGAGGGUACUACAUUGACGAGGCCCCAAAUGGAGCACCCGGGGUAAGUAAGGUCGGAGGGCUUUUGAAACUCUGGACCAAUGAUGUGAAGCCCGCAGAGUUCGAGUUGCGAAUCAGCGGAUCCUUGAGCGGACCAGCAGAUGUUUUGAACUCUCUCCAGAAAUCUCCCGAGAAAGAUGUGGAUUCAAGACAGUACUCCUGCCGCAUGUCAAUUCAUGUGACGACGGGGGACGAGAGGUAUGCCGAAACGUUGGGCGCCGGGCUUUGGGUUGCAAGUGGAGCAUGGAGUAAAGGCGAAUUUAUCAUUGAGUGA